CCAGACGACGCGGAGAAGACUAUCAAUAGCGAUCUUAACAUGGAAGCGAAUACUGAUCGAGGUUCGUCACGCAUCAUUGAAAACGAGGUAUCUAGUCAUAACAGUACUUGUUCUGUAGUUAUAGAGGGUUUAAAACUCGAGAUGGUAAUUUUGGAAACCCGGCAACUCAAUACCAUGAAGGAGAAUAAGUCAGACAUUUGCUCGCUUAAAUUUAAAGUCAAAGAUCUAGAAGGUGUCAUCCGACAUCAGGAUGACGCAAUUCUCAAGCUCUCACAAGAUAAUUUAAUUUUAAAAUCUAAAUUAUCUCCUUUUUAA